AACAUAAGGGGUAAUUUUUGAUACAUUUUCCCGGUAAAAUAAACAAACGGACCUAGGCUUAGGGCUUUAAAAACAGGUCGAAGAAGGGUCUCAAAAAUGAAAAUCGGAGAAGAAAUGGGAGGGGGGAGGAAGAAUUUGAAGAGGGCUGUUGAAGAAGAAUUUUUCACUCUUCAACAGGGCCAAAGUAUUAUGCAGGUUGUGGACCUUCGAGGUUCCAACCUUAUUCAAGUGAUGGAUGCGAAAGGUGAAACAUCAAUAGCAAUAUUUCCAGCUAAAUUCCAGAAAAGCAUGUGGAUUAAAAGAGGCAAUUUUGUUGUGGUUGAUGAGAGAGGAAGAGAGGAAGCUGUUGAGUCAGGUAGAAAAGUGGGAUGUGUUGUUACGCAGGUACUCUAUUACGAACAAGUCCGUGUGCUUCAAAAGUCACCUGAAUGGCCAGAGAUCUUCAAAUCUACAGCAGUAGAGAGUUCAAAACAGGAUAAGCAAUCAGAUAAUACCCAAAUAGAUGAGAAUGAAGACUCAAGCGAUGAUGAUGGACUCCCUCCAUUAGAAGCCAAUACUAACAGAUUAAAUCCAUUUCAACGGGAGUCCGAGACAGAAUCUGAUUCAGAUAAUGAUUCCUGAUCCAUGCUUUCGGACAUUCAUGGCACCAUGGAUGAUACCUUCAUUUUUGCAGAUGAAGUUGGUUGUAAAGACAUUGCUGUCUUUGAAUGCUAUUGAUUGUAAAUCUGCUUGCUAUUGAAUCAUUGUCUCUGGUAAACUAGCUAAUAUGUCAAACCCACGUCUGAGUGAGUAAACUUAUGAUGUUCCUCAUUUAAAUUUUCUAAAAUCUGUCUGCUGGUAUGAUUUUACUAAUGCUAUGUUUGAUGGGCUAUUUUUUCUAUAUUGAAAAAAUAUGCAUAGCGUACUUAGUUUGGAAUUAACUCGUGAUUUAAGGCGAAUGAGCCCAUAGCAAGGUCAAUUAGCUUUUAUGCCUUGUGUUGACAAUAAUUUUGUGACGCAAAGGUUUCUAACAUGUAUCAAUUGCUACUUCAGAUUGUAGAAACUUUCUACUAUAUUUAAGCGAUUCACAAAAGUUGGUGUGGAGUAUCAAAGGGCCAACACCCUAAUGAACCAACUCUUUAUUUUGUCUUAUUUUCUUCAUGACUGGUUUUACGUGCUUUUAGCCUGGAAUCCUGGAUCUUCCAAGUACUUUAAUUAAAAUAAAUGAAAUAUUAUGCCUUAAAUGUAACUAGCAGAUAUUCUCAACUUACAUCAGUACUUAGCUGGGAGAACUUUUGAGGAAUCCAGAAUGGCAUCUGCUCUAAUUGACAUGGGUGAUACUGGAAAGGAUGUGGAUUCAAAGGCUUUUGCAAGCAACUUGGAGAAAAUAUUUUUGUCAAUUCAGGAUUUGGAUACAGAAAUCAUUAUUGCUGCUGCAAGGGACACAAAUACAAAUGCAACCGCUGUCGCUGCCAAUGUAGUAUUUGAUGAGAGGCAGAUGAAUGCUCUGUUCGGGGACGUGGUUAGAGUUAGUGAAUCUUACGGAUUGAAAUUUGCUCGUGAGUUUGCACUCUGUUGAAGCAACUUCUCUAUUUUGAUCGAUACACCAGAUUGUUAGCUCCAAAUAUGAAUAUGUAUCGAGAUCAGAGGGUCAAGCUUGUCUCUGAUAGAAGACAAAGGAACAUAUACCAAUGAUAAUUGUAAGUCGCACCAAGAAAUUGUUGCACAUCCUGAGAUUUUCUAGUAUAGUGUAUAUAAUACCAAAUUUAGACACCAACUUUACACAAUAGAGGACAAAAUGACUGUAUCUGUCAUAUUUUCUGAUGUAUGAUGUUGGUUGAUGUGGAUCCCAUAUUUGUGGGAAGAUAAGGAAGUUUAUUUAUUGCCAAUCUAUCUUCA